AUGUCUGACAAAGAAAUCACUUCUGAUGAACCAAUCAACUCUGUCGAUGAAGAACAACACUCCCUUUCUAGAAUUUAUACUUCUGGUGCAAAUAACAAAUAUAUUUAUAUAGGCAGGCAAAAAUUUUUAAGAGAUGAAUUGUAUGAAGCCUUUGGUGGAACGUUACAACCUGGCUUGGCUCCUGCUGCCUCUCACAAAUUUGCCAAUCCAGCUCCUUUAGGUUUGUCUGCCUUUGCUUUGACCACAUUUGUCUUGUCCAUGGCCAAUGCAAGAGCCCAAGGUGUUAGAACUCCAAAUAUCGUUGUCGGUUUAGCUUUCUUCUAUGGUGGAUUAGUCCAAUUGAUUGCUGGUAUCUGGGAAAUUGCUUUAGAAAACACUUUUGGUGGUACUGCAUUGUGUUCCUACGGGGGUUUCUGGUUAUCAUUUGCAGCUAUCCAUAUCCCAUGGUUUGGUAUCUUGGAUGCUUACAAAGAUUUAGAUAAUGAUGACUUACAAAAUAUGUUGGGUUUCUUCUUACUUGGCUGGACAAUUUUUAGUUUUGGUUUGACUUUAUGUACUUUAAAAUCCACAGUUAUGUUCUUUGGCUUAUUCUUCCUAGUCAGCAUCGUUUUCCUAUUAUUAUCCAUAGGUGAGUUCACUGGUAAUGUUUCUGUCACAAGGGCUGCUGGUGUUAUAGGUGUCAUUGUUUCACUUAUAGCUUGGUAUAACGCAUAUGCCGGUGUGGCUACAAAAGAAAACAGUUAUUUCUUGGCUAAAGCUAUUAAUUUACCAACUAAUGAAAGAACAUUAGUUUAG